CGUAAAAUGGCGUAGCCACUGUAGCCAAGCCACUAGCACCUGGCAGGUCCAGUAUACAUACGCAGCUCACGACACACUUGAUCUCCUGCAAGUUUUCAUCAUGUCCAUGCUAGACAAAUUCAGGAGGGGCGCGCAGAAGGCGGGUAUUCAGGCCACAGCUCUCGUCAAAGAGGGCUCCUCGCGCGUGGCGACUGGCUCCAGAGAUUUUGUGCAAGGAUUCACGCUGCCAGGGGAAGCUGAGAAGGCAGCAAAGAUUCUCGAGAGCUUUCUUGCAAACCCAAAUCAUCCUGAGUCUGCACUCAACUCAAUACCCACAGCCGUUCUUCAGCGUGCAAGAGGUCUCGCCGUGUUCCAAGUGCUCAAGGCUGGAUUCAUGUUCAGUGGGAAAGCUGGCUCCGGCCUAGUCAUCGCGCGGCUCCCGGACGGAUCAUGGUCUGCGCCCUCGUGCAUCGCAACCGGCGGGCUCGGGUGGGGCCUCCAAAUUGGCGCGGAUAUCACAGAUUUCGUGAUCGUACUGAACAGCGAGGAUGCAGUCAAGGCAUUCAGCAUAGGCGGGAACGUCACUAUUGGUGGAAACAUCAGCGCCGCCGCCGGCCCCAUUGGCACUGGCGGGAGCGUCCAGGCUACCUUGGCUCACCCUGCACCCAUGUUUUCAUACUCGAAAUCGAAGGGUCUUUUUGCUGGUCUCUCGUUGGAGGGUACAGUUCUUAUAGAGCGGAAAGACGCUAACCGCGACUUUUACGGUUCGCCUGUACCUGCACGCGAUAUCCUCGGUGGGCGUGUGCCUCCACCCGAAGUUGCUUCGCGUCUGUACGAGAUCAUCGAGGCUGCAGAAGGACUGGAUGAGACGGGUGUCCCGCAAGCUGCGUACGUGCCCAGUGCUACGGGCCAGCAUAUGAGCAUCGGAAGCAAUCAUAUGGUGUUUGACGCGGAAGCACAUUAACGAGUGGCGCUGGCUUUGAGUAGGGAGUGAUGGAUAUAUAUGAGAUCGGUGCUUUUCCUGUCUGUAAAUUUUUCGCUUUGUUCAGUUCUUUAUGGUGUACAUCUUAUACCUGAUUGCAAUCUUAUCGCGUCAAAUCUUCUCAUUAAU